UUGUUUGGCAACAGCUUAUAGGCCUAGAAUAUUCCUCAGAAAACCUAAAAAAGGUCGAUUUAAGUGUUCUCUGUUUAUUUGUUUUAUUCUUUCCGUCUCACUUAUCGAGAUUCAGAUUCAGAUUCUAAUUAAUAAUUAUAAUAAAUAAAAUUAAAAAAAGUCCAGGAGUCUCUUCUCCGAGUAAGCAUAUCUGCAUAUGUGCUCACCUGCAAACGCUAUUUGAAAGGAAAGAGUUAUGGUUUCACCUGAUAGGGCUCCAGCUAAGCUUGAGGGAAAAUAUGCUGCCAUGGUUGUGUGUUGGCUUCUCGGAAAUGGGUGCCUCUUUUCGUGGAACAGUAUGCUGACAAUCGAAGAUUACUAUGUUUACUUGUUCCCAAGAUACCACCCCUCAAGGGUCCUUACUCUUGUGUAUCAACCAUUUGCACUUGGAACACUUGCAAUUCUAGCAUACCAUGAGGCAAAAAUUAAUACCAGAAGAAGAAAUAUAUUUGGAUAUACUCUGUUUUUCUUAAGUACUCUUUUGGUUUUAGUUCUGGAUUUAGCUACAUCUGGGAAAGGGGGACUUGUAACUUUCAUUGGCAUUUUUGCCAUUAGUGGUGCUUUUGGAGUUGCUGAUGCUCAUGUGCAGGGUGGAAUGGUUGGAGACCUUUCGUUCAUGGGACCUGAAUUAAUUCAAUCUUUCCUCGCCGGUUUGGCUGCAUCAGGGGCUUUAACAUCUGCUUUGAGACUAAUCACAAAAGCAGCUUUUGAGAACUCAAGGGAUGGUCUUCGCAAGGGGGCUAUUAUAUUCUUCACCAUCUCAACUCUUUUUGAGCUUCUUUGCGUUCUCCUCUAUGCUUAUUUCUUUCCAAAACUACCGAUUGUGAAGUACUACCGCGCCAAGGCAGCCUCAGAAGGAUCCAAAACUGUUUCAGCUGACCUUGCUGCUGGUGGCAUCCAAACAUUACUCAAAGAACAAGAUGAAGAACAAUUUCAGAGGCUGAGCAACAAACAGUUAUUAUUUCAGAAUAUUGAUUAUGCACUUGAUAUGUUUCUCAUUUAUGUUCUGACAUUAUCAAUUUUUCCUGGAUUUUUAUCUGAAGAUACUGGAUCACACAGUCUGGGUACAUGGUAUGCACUCGUUUUGAUAGCGAUGUAUAAUGUGUGCGAUCUUAUUGGGAGAUACAUUCCACUCAUAAAAUUCUUGAAGUUGGAGUCUAGAAAAGGUCUCAUGGUAGCAACUCUUUCUCGUUUCUUACUCAUCCCAGCGUUCUACUUCACAGCCAAAUACGGUGACCAAGGGUGGAUGAUUAUGCUAACAUCCUUCUUGGGUUUAACUAAUGGUUACCUCACUGUUUGUGUCCUUACUUCUGCACCUAGAGGGUAUAAGGGACCGGAGCAAAAUGCACUUGGAAAUUUGCUUGUGUUGUUUCUUCUAGGAGGUAUAUUUGCUGGGGUUACACUGGAUUGGUUGUGGCUCAUAGGCAAAGGUUGGUAACGUUGGAUUCUGUCUGAUUUGAAGAUGCGUAGUAAUUUUUAUAUUCUAGUUUAGCAUCGAAAACAUUUUUGAGUUGUACAGUUACUCUAAUAACCAUUGAAAAUAUUGUGAAUGAAUGAUAUCCUGAUUUAUCUUCUUGUCUCAA